UAAUUUAUUAUUCAAAAUAGUCUCAGCCUGGCCGAGUCAGUUUUGUUUGUGGUUUCUUACAGGGGCUACUGUUCCCGUAGACAAAGACGUCUUCGAAAAACACUCAACUUCAAGAUGGGGAACAGACACAAAUUCACAGGGAAGAAAGUGACUGAAGAUCUGCUGACUGAUAAUAGAUACUUGCUUCUGGUUCUGAUGGAUGCCGAAAGAGCCUGGAGCUAUGCAAUGCAGCUCAAACAGGAAGCCAACACUGAACCCCGAAAACGGUUUCACUUGUUAUCUCGCCUACGCAAAGCUGUGAAGCAUGCAGAGGAAUUGGAACGCCUGUGUGAGAGCAAUCGUGUAGAUGCUAAGACCAAGUUAGAGGCUCAGGCUUACACAGCUUACCUCUCAGGAAUGCUGCGUUUUGAACAUCAAGAAUGGAAAGCCGCCAUUGAGGCUUUUAACAAAUGCAAAACUAUCUAUGAGAAGCUAGCCAGUGCUUUCACAGAGGAGCAGGCUGUGCUGUAUAACCAACGUGUGGAAGAGAUUUCCCCUAACAUCCGCUAUUGUGCAUAUAAUAUUGGUGAGCAGGGAUCAAGGCAUUAUACUCAACUUGAGAAUUGACAGGUGGCCCAGUGGGCGUUCAUUGCAGAGAUCCUAGAGAGUCGACAUAACUUUCUUCUCCUCCCUUUGCCUCCACCUUUGGCCUGAGUUUUGGUUGAUGGCAAAAGCAGAAUUGUUGAAGCCAACCCAGCUCAAAAUUACAGAAGAUAGUUCUGCUUCUGUGUCUGUCCUGCUGUGCUGUGUACCCCUGAAGAGCAGUCUUGAGUC